AUGCUCCUGUUUACCCCACCCCCUAUGGACCAAAUGAAGAAAAACAUUUUUAGGGUAAGAUGCGCGGCAAGGAUGUACGCCCGCGCGCGUGGAGGAGAGGCGAAUGGAAGGAAAGCUGACGAAGGGCGAAAAUCCAUGGGAGGCACUGCUCCUGUUCCCGGGGUUGCCCCACCCCCUAGCGAAGGCAACUCAUGCAGUGCCCCCCCGACGCUGGGGCGAGGGAUAAUAUUCCCAUCCAUGGAAAGCGCCAUAAAAAAUUCACUUUGGGUACCGCACAUGAGGAAAUACAGAAGCGUGAAGAUAAAAAGGAAUGAAUUUCCCUCCCUAAGUGGAAUGAAUCAAAGAGGAAAGGGAGUUCACAAGAGAAGAUCCAUGCUGUAUCACUCCAUUGGAAGUGACCGAUCUGAGAUGAGUCAAGUGUUAAUUCUGUUGAACAAGUACCAAAGAGACAUGUCAUUUAUUAAAUUAAUUUUCCUGGCGAACUGCGUAAUUAUGGUAAGUCUCAUUUUGGGUUCUGUACAUUUAUUUUGGGGUGAUUCUAUGAAUAAAUACGUUUUGUCAAAAGUAGAAAAAUUACUUACAGAGGUGAAGAACUCAUCCAGAACGCAAACAAUUAUUAAAGGGAUGGUGAACGAUCUGUUGUACAGUAUAGUAAAUGAUGAAAAGAACAAAAAUAUUACCGCCAAAUUCGUCGUGGAUACACUCCAAAGCUCAAAGACUGAAAUGGGAAAUGUAUUCACAGAUGUACUACAAACAGAGCAAGUAAGGAAUAACCUGAGAAAUGUCUUCAUGGACAUUUCCAAUUACCUCUGCAAUAAUGACCAAGUGCAAACGAAGGUGUACCACCUACUGGCGGAAGCCAUACACUUACCUAUCGCUAUCGAAACGUCUAAGAAGUGGUUGAACGAUCUGUUCAAAUCGGAGAGCGUAACCAGUAAUGUAAGAAAAGUAAUACGCGAUGAAAUCUUCAACAACGAACAGGUGCUUAACAACUCGGUUCUCUUCGUUCAAAAUGCUCUCUUCAAUGCCAUGCAAGAUAAGAAGACGAAGGAGAUGAGUGAAUUGUUUUUUUCUUCCCUCCUGUCUAACCCAGAGUUUCAGCAACAAAUUUCUGGAAGUCUCUGGAAAAUAGUUAAACUAGCUUUGUCUCCGAAGUGGAUGACUUACGAGGGGGACCACCUUAACUUCAAAGUGAGUAGCCAAAUACAGAACAAACGGGAUGAAAUUCACAUGCAGAAUCCGCUACUUGAUGGGGGGAAUAACCACUUGGGAACGAUCAGUUGUGAUGUUCUCCGAGACAGCGACGAUGUUGUAGAGGAGGCUUCCACUAAAGAAGACAUCUCUAAUAGGGGAGAGUUACUACCCCUGGGGAGGAACAUGGGAAGUGCACAUACUGGGCGAGCCCCCUUGGAGAAGAACCCAAUAGGGGAUGUGGUACCAGAAGCGAAGGAAGUUAUGAGUGAAAUGAGACAUGUGAUUGACCUUUUUGAGAAUACACAAAUCUUUGACGGCCAUACAGAUGUAACGGAGUGUGAACAAACAUACGUUGGACAAUUGAUGCAAACUGAUAUUGGAAGAAACUUAACAAGUGUAGACAUGGAACACCUGGAGGAUCUACGAACCUUUGUCUUUCCGCCCCCCACAAGUGAGAACAACUUCACCACCCUAAGUGCCAUUCCUGUCUGUAAGGUUAGAAGCCUUAAGGAAGGGGGAGGUCAUUUGACAAGUUUGAAAAAAGUUAACGAGUUCAAUGGUUUUUAUUUCGAUAACAGGAUAGAUCCAAGUCAUGUGGACGGGUGUGGGGAGAUCCCCUCAGGGAAGGUACUUCCUUGUGAGGUAUCCCUUGGCAAGACAUCAUCAAAUCAUGAUGUAACUAACUACGCACCGAGUAGUAACCAUGAAGUAAUCCCCGCGAACGGUAUCGCAGUGAGAGUUAAAUUCUUCCUGCUCGACGCUUACAGAUUCUACACACAAAAGUAUUACUUCUACUACUAUUACGUGGAGCGGGUCAAGGCGGUCCUUCAGAGGGCGCUGGGGGUUAAGUUUUUUUGA